AUGUCACAAAAACUAAGUUCAAGCAGGGCUAUGGACCCUAAUAGUGCCGAUGGGAAAAGACUCUUCCAAUUACCAUCUCUUCCGCCAUGGAAGACACCUCAGUUCAAGGAUUCGAGAAAUAGACAAUCACAAAUAGGUUCAAGUGGUGAUUUCACUACUCCACUACGGAGACCGAAAAGGCCUUUGUUACAGCAACUUGUUCAACAGGAGCAAGAGCAGAGUGAAGUAAAUAUUGACGAUAUAAUUGAAGAUAUGGUGGGAGUGAAAGCUAAAAAGACAAGAUACGAUAACAUUCCUUACAAUUAUCAUCCCUUCAUCGAUAAGGCAAUGAUUCGACAAAAUAAAAUGAAUAAUUUCUUGCAAUCUGAGAGAGCUGUCCAUUGCUUGAUUUUCCACAAGGAGGGUCAUUCAUCGGAUAAUUUUGACGAAUACCGUCCUGACAUUGAUUGGAAUUGUGGUGAUGAUAGAGACACGGCUCUGGAUAAAAGAAGUCUGAUUACUAGUCUUCCAAAUUGUAAUGAAGCACAUUUGAAUGAUUUGCUUGAUUGUCAGCCACUUUCUCAUGAUCCAAUGGACUUUGAAUUGGAGAGCAUUGACGACUCGUUAGAAAUUAGCCCAGAUGAAUUAGACUUGUUACAAGAAUUUUGGGGAGGCUCUAAAUUGGUAUGGGAACUUGAAUUGGAUAAAAUUAAGAUAAUAUUAAACACAUUACGACAUGAAAGACAGGUGUUUCGAGCUCUGAAAGAAAUACCAAAAUUACCGCCAUUCAAGACACCAUCUCUUAAAGAAAAAUGUCAUUCCAUAUAUGAGGAAGACUCAUUUGUUGCUAAACUACAGCAGAGAACGACCUCUCUAUAG